ACAGGACAGGAAGGAGAGUGUUUCUGGAGGAGGGGUGAUGCAAAAGAUCAAGCAUCAUCUCCCAUCUAAAAUCAUCAUGGACUGAUCAGUGAUCAGCACUUCUUAAAUUAGAGAUAUAUAUGUGUCAGGAGACUGGACAUCUGGAGCCUCUACAGAAGAACCAAAAUUCCGACACUGAGUUGACUGGAUUUAAAGACAUGGAUUUUUAACUGGAGCACUGACUAUUUUAGUUUUUGUAAAUUACUAAACUAAUUAAGCAGGGCUACCACUGGUUUGGGCUGAUACAAACAAUAUGAGAAAAUUCAAUAGAAGCUUUGUCAAGUCAGACACCUGCUCAACCUGUUUGGUCUGAACUGCAUUGCAUAAACAGAGAGUGGAUUAUGGCCUGUUUCUGUCUUUUCAACAUAGGACAUCCAGACAUGAAGACAUCUGAGAAACAAAUGGAAGAAGUUUUGAACAUAUAAUGGCCGACAAGACUGACUCCAUGAUAGCCUCUGUGCCAAGUCCAUCAUCCAUUACAAACCUCACCACUGCCCUAUGGGAGCCCAAUCCUACCGUGCCUGCCGAUGUGAGCGUCGUCACAAGCUCCCAGUCCCAGAUCAAAGACCUUUUCGGGUUGUUUUGCAUGGUGACCCUUAACCUCAUUGCUUUGUUGGCCAACACUGGUGUGAUGGUGGCCAUUGCUCGUGCGCCUCACCUGAAGAGGUUUGCUUUUGUGUGUCAUCUCUGUGCAGUGGACCUGCUGUGUGCCAUCCUGCUCAUGCCUUUGGGGAUCAUAUCCAGCUCAGCAUUCUUCGGCACUGUGGUGUUUACUGUUCUGGAGUGUCAGGUUUACAUCUUUCUAAAUGUGUUCCUCAUAUGUCUGUCUAUCCUCACUAUCACAGCCAUCAGUGUGGAGCGUUACUUCUAUAUCGUACACCCAAUGCGUUAUGAAGUUAAGAUGACCAUCAACCUCGCUAUUGGCGUAAUGCUCCUAAUCUGGGUUAAAUCCGUCCUCUUGGCUUUGGUCACGCUGUUUGGGUGGCCAGCUUAUGGACAUCAGAGCUCCAUUGCUGCAGCUCACUGCUCUCUCCACGCGAGCCACAGUCGUCUGAGAAGAGUAUUUGCUGUGCUCUUCAGUGUGGUGUGUUUCCUGGUUCCUGCAGUGGUUAUCUUUGCCGUUUACUGUGCCGUUUACAAGGUGGCUCGUUCUGCAGCCCUGCAGCAAGUCCCCGCUGUGCCAACGUGGGCAAAUGCAAGCCCUGCAAAGGAUCGCUCUGACUCCAUCAAUAGCCAGACCACCAUGAUCACCACCACCCGCACUCUGCCCCAAAGACUAUCUCCAGAGAGGGCCUUCAGUGGAGGCAAGGCUGCGCUUACUUUGGUAUUCAUUGUGGGCCAGUUCUUGGUUUGUUGGUUGCCCUACUUUAUCUUCCAUCUGCAAAUGUCUCUGACUGGCUCCAUGCAGAGCCCUGGGGACUUAGAAGAGGCAGUCACCUGGCUCGCUUACUCCUCCUUUGCAGUUAAUCCAUUCUUCUAUGGCCUGUUGAACAGACAGAUCAGAGAGGAGCUGGUAAAGUUUCGACGCUGCUGCUUGACCCAGCCUGUAGAGUUUGGGGCAUCCAGCCACGAGGGCUCCCUUCAGGAGAACUUCCUCCAGUUCAUCCAGAGAACCACGAGCACAGCUGAAACCCAGUCCAACUGUGUCAACUCCAGUCCCAGAAUCACUACAGAUCAGGGGAUAAAGAUCCCUGGACAAAUACCUGAGGAAAAUGCUUAAACAUUGACCAACAUGCGCGAUGGACUACAGUGCUAAUAUAUCGGCCAUGCCAAUGUUUACAUGUGCACCAUUUUUCCUUGGUUCACAUUUCAGGUCUAUCUUAAAACAAUACUGACAAGCCCAUUUGUACACUGAAAGGAUUAUUGGUUCCUCCUUAUUGUUCAUCCUGUCCCUACCACCCACACAGAGGCCCCGUCUUUAAAACAGUUUCCAUGUAAAACCCACAGUCAUUUUUCUGUUCAAAAAUCCCCAUUUGAUUUGAAUAACUGCUGAAACCUCACAUUAUAUUCAGAUGAAUUUAAGAAUGUUUAUUUUACUGUGGAAUGUGCCCCCCAUCACCUACAUUGAAACUGCCUAGACAAAGUUCAGUAUAUCUUUGUGGCCAGUAUGGAUAAGGGGAACCAUUACAGUGACCAGUAAUCCUUUUAAUGUACAUAUGGAAAUGUCAGUAUUGUUUUAGGACAGACCUGGAAAAAUGUGAAUCUAUACUUUAAAUACAUGUUAAAUGUUCAGUGCCUUUUACAGUUUAAUUCAGAGAGGCUUUCUCAUUAUAGGUCAAGGUGCUAUGGCUGUACUGUAACAUGAAAUAUUGAAAUAGUGAUAAAUGUUCUUCUAUGUGUAUUUUUACAAUAUAUUACAAUUGGCCUGGUUUAAUGAUGUUUGUAGAAACGUUUUAUAUGUUUAUAAGUGUGUAAAUGUGGAGUAUAACUACAUUAACAAGGUCAUGAUUGGAUGGGUCUUUAAAUGGUUUAUUGUAUUUAAUGAAUAUGAGUUGGUUCCACUGUUUCAUUUUGUUUCAUGUCAAUAACAAUAUACUGUAUAUGCAAAUGUUUUACUGAUGACUGACUCUGUUGAACUUUGUAAAUUAUUGAAUGUCAGUGUUUCCAAGCAGUGGUGCUUUAUAUCUGAGGAAUAACAGCAGCAUGGCUUGACUCCCACAUUAUCACUGUGUUAUCCCUUCAGACAGAGCACUAACAUGGUGGGCUCUGCAGUGUGGGGAGCUCUCGUGAAUCUGACAAUACCUCAGAGUUCCUGUGUGCAGCAGAAACGCUGAUAGACGGUGAAUGUCAUCCGCCCCUGUUGCCAUGGAAAUGGAGUGAGCCUGUGACUCACAUAGCAAUGAGGACCUUUUGACUGGAUGUAUUCUUAAGCUUUAGAUUCUAACUGGAGUCUACUAAUUCUGGCUCAUGCCCGCUUUUCACAUGCAGACUGAUUUACACAAGGUCUACAAGUUCAGAUAGACAUGUGAAUAGUGGCUGAGGAUAGGUAGCAAAAUUCCCUGCGAAUAUGGACUGCUGUGUGACAUGGGUACAGUGAAGCGGAGAUAGUGAAUUUACAAUGGAAAUCAUUACUGGCAUUGAUAAUGCUCUGAGAGUGGUAACAAAGUGCUAUUUUAUGGCCUCAGCUGUUUGUAUUAGUCUUUCACAAACAGCAGAAAAGAUGGGCUAGUGUGGUUACAGCAAAUAACAGCAAACACCAUUUUGCUGUCACUAACUAGGAUAUACACCACUCUUACAUAACUGUGACUGUGUAUUUAAUACUUUGAGUUGAAUUCUGCAUUUGCCUUCUGAGCAGUGGGAUAUGGAAGCUGCAUAAACACACACAGCGCAGAAAUAUGUUGAGAGACAAAUGUAUGGAUGUCAUCCUAUAUAUUUUUAUAUGUCUGUUUCUCUCUUUAAUGCUUGUUUUCUCUCUUCCUUUUUCCAUUUGAUUCUCUCUUUACAAAAUGUAAAGCCAUUAAAUAAUGAGGAUGUCUUUACACCA